GCACGCACUGCAAGACGCGGCGAGAGCAGCUCCGCCGAAAUUAGGCACUGCGGGCAGCAACUGUCUCGAAGGCAGUAGUCGCGUAACGUCUCACGCUCUCACAAAAUAUCGGGCGCCACGUGCGACCUCGAAGGCGAUACUCUUGCCACGCCAUCGCGCGUUUGCCGCACAUACGCUAGUCGUGUUGAGGGAGCGUCCGCCGAUAGAUCGUAGCAGCCUGCCCUGACUAUAGCAUUGAGGACGCACUGUUUGUUCACCGCGCACGCGAGAAUUGUGCGACGACAGCGAGUGAGUGCCAGUCUCUGGAUGACCGAAACUUCAGUUCGGAAUAAGAUAGCUGCCUGUCGUGCUCGGAUUGGUUGCUGAGAGACUGCGUGGACGACGAAGAGGUCGAGGUAUACAACAAACAUGUCGGGUUGCCUGUAUUCUGACUGGUGCGAGGUGUACCUCUGCAGUAGGCCGCUUCAGCAGGGCAGCUCCAUCAAUGGCGCCGUCAACGCCUUUUCCCUGCUGACGUCUUCGUCGCAGUCGGCAAACGGCAACUCGUGGGCGAUGCAUUGGCUCCUCGUGUUCGACUACGGCGAGGACGAGGUGCUCAUCUGCGACGCCGACAACCACGAGGGAGACCUAACGGGGCGCACGUACUGGAAAAAGAGGGCUGCUCUUGAGAACUACGAAAAGAAGAGAUAUCUCGCAAAGCGGAACAUUCCAAAAGAACGCAUUGACCAGCUACUGAGGAAGAUGUGCGACUCCGGCCAGUACCAUUAUACCGAGAACAACUGCCAGAAAUGGGUCCGAGACCUUCUGCAUAGACUGGACAUUGAAAUGCCCUCUGACGAAGUCGACGCCCGUACCGUAGUGACCGACUACAUACAGCCGUUAGCAAUAGCCGGUGCCGUGGCAUUGGGCGCCGGUCUGCUCGGCGCGCUCAUCUUUGGUGGCGGUGCCCGUCGCAACAGACGGGAUUAGGUGGAACAAUACUUAGCAUCGGUUUUCUGCAAAAAACAUUGUUUUGAAAGUGAGGGUGCUAAAUUAUUUUUCUAGGGUGUUUUGCCAAUUUUCUUGUCAUUGCAAUCCGUGUUCAAGUAACUCCAAAAACUGGUCAGCAGAUACAUGGAAGCUUGAAUGCCAGUUGCUGUAUUGUGCAGUGGAGUGUCACGAUCUUCCUCUCGGCGCUGUUUGAUUCUCAGAAGCUACAUUCAUCUCGGCAACACACUGGUACGUCUUUCUUCGUGGACUGCGCAAGUAUUCCAAAAGGCUCGUGUGUUUGAACCCUGUACCAGUACUCUACAUUGCCUGCGGCGUACCCAGAGAAGCGAUUAAAAAACUUUACGAAGCAGCUGCGUACAACUUCACGGAAGACGUAAUAAAUUUGAAAGUGGGUACUGGG